AUGUCGCAUCCAAAAGAAAUUGACAAGUCGAUCGCAAUUGAUACUAUUAUAGCUGAAAUCAAUUCAUCUCCUAACGACGAACAAAUCAAUUCAAUUUCUUUCACUUCUGAAGCACUUCAAAAUACGAUUCGUAUUGAAGGUGAAAGUUCCAAUUCAACAAAUGAAUUAUAUUGCAGUAACAUAAUUGAAGAAUCUGAAUAUAAACCAGAUGUCCCUACAGAAUUUGUACCAAUUGUAAACACUGUUUUCAAAUCACUAAAUUUGGCAGUAAAAAUGUAUACUGAUUAUGCAGAAAUGGCAGGUUUUCAUACAAGACUGAGUAGCCAAUCAAAAUACAAUAGCCAAAUAAUAAAAGAAAAAUAUGUUAUAUGCAAUAGGGGUGGCAAGGAUAAACCAAAACCUUGUGAUAUGUUGGCUACAAGUUCUGUCAAGAGGAAACCAAAUUCAAACAAGAUAAUUACCGGGUGUACAACAAAGAUUAUAUUUGAAAAUGUUUAUGGAACAACAGAUUACAAAGUUAAGAAAUUCUUUGAAAUGCACAACCACCCACUGGAAAGUAUUGAGGAAAGACCUUAUACGAAAAAUGCAAGAAAGAUGUCAUAUUCUGAAAAAGAGUUUGUAGUACGUGCAUCAAAAGCUAAAAUUGGUCCCACAAUGGCUCACAAAAUACGAGUAGUUUUGAAAGGAGGAUAUGAAUAUAUAGGGGCGAAAGUAACAGACUACAAAAACUUGUGGAGAGGAGUAAAUAGAAUCUUAUGUUACAAGGAUGCUCAAAUAAUGAUAAAUAAAAUGAAUGAUCCUAGAGAUCAUUACCCAAAUUAUUCAUUUGAGUUCCUACGUGAUGGAGAUCUGUUGGCUGCUAUGUUUUGGGUAGAUGAAAGAGAAAAGACUUUUUAUGCAGAGUUUGGAGAAGUUAUAUCUUUUGAUGCAACUUUUAGAACAAACAAGUAUAAAAUUGUAUUUGUUCCAUUCACAACAGUUGACCACCACAAGAAAUCAGUUACUGUUGGUGCUGGGUUGCUGAGUAGAGAGACAAUUGAGUCGUAUGAAUGGCUGCUUAAAGCUUUUCUUAGAGCUCAUGAAGGGAAAGCACCAAAAAUUGUUCUAAUGGAUCAAGAUGCAACAAUAAAACAAGCAGUGGAAUCUGUCUUACCAAAUUCAAGACACAGACUAUGCAUGUGGCACAUAAUGAAAAAACUGCAAGCAAAUGUUACUAGCGAUUUAUUUAAAAACAAAGACUUCAAGAAAAGAUUUAACAAGCUUGUUUGGAACAUGCAUAUCAAACCUGAUGAAUUUGAAAAGAAAUCAGAAAGCAUGAAUUCCUUCUUCAACACUUAUUCUCAAUCUGGAAAUUUACUUUUACAUUUCAUGAUGAACUAUGACACAACAAUUCAAAAACAAAGAAAUACACAACAAGAGCUUGAUCAUCAAAUAAAGAAGGCGAAAGAAAUCUAUAAAGGUUCCUGGUACUUCCAAUACAAACAUCUUGUAACAAAAAAUGAAUGGGAGUUAUACAAAGUGGAACAACUGAACAAAAACAGUGAUCUAAAAACAGAAUUUGAAGUAGAAAUAAAACUUCCAACAAAUGAUGUAAAAUGUACAUGUGAACACUUCAACCGCUUUGGGGCUUUGUGCAGACAUGCAUUCAACAUACUCAUGAAACAUGGAAUUAAGGAGAUACCUGAACAGUACAUUGAGAAUCGUUGGAGAAAGGAUGUGAUACCAAGGCAUUAUAAUUUUGGUAGACAUGUAUAUGAUACAGGAGACAGUGAAAUUAACAGAUCUGUCAAUCAAGCAUACUACAACUUUGAAGCAUGUUUGGAAUACGUAAGAAAAAAUAAAGAAAAAAUAGAUUUGUUUGUUAAGAAAACAGAAAGCAUGCUGAAGGAAUAUGAAAACGAUCCUACAAAUGAAUUGCAGAAAAAUAGGACAGAUGUUGAAGAGGUAGGAAAGCUUAUGGGCAUAACUAUUCCAAAAGACAUUGACAUCAAUGUUCCAAAUGUUCAAAGCAAUAAAGGAUGCUGA